AUGUCGACCCUUACUAGCACUGAUAUGGGUGAACUCAAGCGCCCUACUACACGUGUACACGCCCCUCCUGGUGGUGGCUCUACCUGGAGCUUUAGUGAUGGUUCAACACCCAUUACAACAGGUCAAAAGCUCGUCAAGAAGCCUCAAACUUCAAGUCAACAAGAAGUUUCGUCCAUCGAGACCCAGAAUCAGAUGGAAACAGCUGAUUCUGAGUCUGUUACUUCAGUGCGUGUCGCACUACUUAAGACCAGCAGUGACGCAGUGAUUGUAGAUAAAGCCGUAGAAAACUGCUUGAACAAACUUGAGACUCACACUCUGAGCUCUGAGACAUUUACAGUAGCCACACUGGAACAAUUGCCGUAUGCGGCCAAUAAACUAACAGAGCUUGGAAACUUUGAUGGUGUUAUCUGUUUUGGGUUCCUCAAUACGCAGGACCCGCAGUUUACAGCGCUCAAUGCUGCUCUGACACAAAGUUUCAUCAAAAUCAGCAUCAAGAACGUACGUUCAGUAGUCCAAGCGGUGUUUAUUGGAGAACCUCGUGAAGCUUCGGUGAGGGUGAAAGGAGGAUGGGGAGCAGAAUUUGCACAAGACAUUGGGCCAUUAAUCAAGUUGGGCGGCUUCAUCGGACCAAUUGCACACUCAGCUUCUGGUACACGAGUGAAGAAGCAAUUUGAAGUUAGUCGUGGCAAUGUGCUACCUGCAACGCUGUUGCGUGGAUCGAAGACUGUACUGCAAUCACUGGAAAUCUUGAGGAACUCACUGUAUGAACAUGGAGCAAAGGGCAUCCGUGGAUUGGGACGCAAGUUCCGUAUUAUUGACGAUGAUGGCAACCGCUCAGUGAAUCUAGACGAGUUCAGUAAGGCUGUUCGUGAACACACGCUUGAACUUAGUGAGAAAGAAGUGGAGGAGCUGUUUCACUUUAUUGAUGCGAACAACUCGGGCGGCGUCGAUUUUGACGAGUUCCUACUGGCUGUGCGCGGUGAGCUGAACGAGCGCCGCACGCAGUUGGUUCUUGUAGCUUUCACGAUCUUAGAUGCUGAUGGGAGCGGUGUUGUGGACCUUAACGACAUCAAGGGCAAGUACAGCGCGAAGGAGCACCCUGGCGUGCUGCAAGGUCGCAAGACGGAGGAUGAGGUGCUACUCGAAUUUUUGAAUACUUUUGAUGGUGGCGAGAAGGACGGCAAGGUCCAUCCUAGCGAGUUCAUGCGCUACUACGCCAACGUGAGCGCGUCCAUUGAUGACGACGACUACUUUGAGCUGAUGAUCCGCAACGCCUGGCACAUUAGUGGUGGUGAAGGAUGGUCGGCCAAUACUACCUGUCGCCGUGUACUUGUGAAGCAUGCUGACGGUUCGCAUACGAUCGAAGAGGUGAAGGAUGAUAUUGGCAUUGCCGCUGGCAAUGUUGAGGCCAUCCGUGCCAAUCUCCAAGCACAGGACAUUAACGAUAUUCAGUCUGUAAGCACUGCAAGCAAUGUCCAGGUUGAAAGUGAUGCGAUUAACAAACGCUCAAACGAAAGCUUCCAUCCCCAGAUCGCACGAAAGAAGCAGCACGGGGCCGGCGCAAGUUCCAUCAUUUUCGGCUAA